UUUUUUUUUUCUUUUUUUUUUUUUCUUUUUCUUUUAUAUCUUUGCUCUUCUUCCCUCGUCGCGCCAUGUCCCCGAGAUUACGUUCUGUUUUUGCCUUUUUCCAUAUACCAUACCCAUUGUUUGAUUGUGCGAGCCCCCCCCCAUAUAACAACUAUUUAUAUUAUCAUCCACUAUGUCCAUCCUCCGUUCGCCUCCUUUCACCUAUAGAAUGGCUUCUGCAGACCAGACCAGCUUAUUAUUGUUAAAAUAAACACAUCCGGGUUUCCUUCCUGUCAAGGCAUCAGUGAUGAUAUAUGCUUUUUUUAUUUCCUUUGAAUCGGCCCCAAAAUCCACGAGAAAAACGAAAAACCUUCUUUCUCAGAUUUACUUUUUUUGACUUUCUAGUGCUACGGUCCUGAACCGUUGGUUUAUUUUAUUUUUACCUUUUGGUGUCUUCCGUUGGCUUUCCUUCUCUUUCUUCUUCCCAUCUCUGUUUCUGCGCACAAAGAAAACCCCUCCUUUCUUUGCUCUGCUAUAACUAUACCCGCCAGAGAGCAAUUGCGAUCCCCCUUGCCGGGCUUCACCGCUUUCCUCUUGCGAUAAUGGCUAGGCCCGGGACGAAUCUCUCGCGGAAUUUGUGUCGCCAGCAAUAAAUAAAUAUCUUUGGUAUUUUUGCGCCUUCGGGGGAACUGCCCCCGGUGUGUACGAACCUCUCCUGCGUCUAAGGACCGGUUCAGGGAGUCUUCUCGAAACAGGACCACAAAGAAAACGAAAAGAAUCAAGAAAAAAAACACGAUUCAGCUUCAAAGCCAAGCUCGCGCAAGCGAAAGAAGUCAUCAUGACAAUGAUGUGAUUUUUUGUUUAUCUGUCGCGCAUUUUUCGCUCCGUCAUUUAUUGACCUCUGCCCCCUUCCCUUCUCACCAUGUCGCGAAUUCCCCCAUCGCAUUUUCGCCCCGUCGAUCCGGGACAGGAUCGAUUUGUCUAUUCUGACAGCUCAGUUUUGCAUGGCUGCCGUCCUAUUAUCAGAACCAGAGCACAGCUAAGCCUCGAGGAAAAUCUACAGGGCUCGAAUCAUCCACAUCCUCCAAGCGCCCAGGCGCAGUCGCAAGCGCAGGCUAGGUCUGGGCAAGUAUCCAGUAACAAGUUUCGUGAUACGAAGCCGCGGUUAUUGCUGAUGGGGCUACGUCGGAGCGGCAAAUCUUCCAUCUCGAGCGUCGUCUUUCAUAAAAUGCCUCCGACGGAAACGCUAUUCCUCGAAUCGACAACUCGCAUCCAAAAGGAUUCGAUCCACUCCUUCAUGGACUUCCAGGUUUGGGAUUUCCCUGGCCAGUUGGAAUAUCUCGAGCCAUCCUUCGACCUGGAAGAUAUUUUCGGCAAUCUGGGCGCAUUGGUAUGGGUUAUUGAUGCCCAAGAUGACUACCUGGAAGCCGUCUCAAGGCUAAACCGAACCAUCCUCCUCGUACAACAAUACUACCCUCACAUCAACAUCGAAGUCUUUAUUCACAAAGUAGACGGCCUAUCCGAGGAAUACCGUGCCGACACGUUCCACGACAUCGUCCAGCUCAUUUCAGAUGAGCUCAGCGACGCCGGCUACGAGAAUGCGGCCGUGCACUACUACCUCACGUCGAUAUACGACUACUCCGUCUUCGAAGCCUUCAGCAAAGUGAUUCAGAAACUCAUCCCGCAGCUCUCCACCCUCGAAAACCUCAUCAACAUCCUCGCCAACAACUCCGGCAUGGAGAAGACGUACCUCUUCGACGUGCUGAGCAAGAUCUACAUCGCAUCCGACACAAGGCCCGUAGACAUGGCCUGUUACGAAAUGUGCUCGGACUACAUCGACGUCAUCGUCGAUGUGAGCGAGUUGUAUUCGUGGGACCACCCCGAGCGCAAACCCAAGGGCACGCAGAUCCCUGAGGCGGAAAGUCAUGUCGUCUUGCAUGACAAAAGUAUGAUCCAUCUCAUGGAGAUGAAUAAGUACCUAUGUCUCGUCUCCGUGAUUAAAAACGCAGACGCCAAGGAUAAAAAGGGCCUCAUCGACAUGAACUGCCGCACCUUCCAGGCGGCGCUGAAUGAAGUCUUUUCGAGGAAUUGGGAGCAGGAGUCGUGAGAACUGGUUUUCGUUUGUAUGAGGAAGAGGAAGAAGAAUACCCUCGUCGUAUCGCAUCUCUUUUUCCCCUCUUUUUUUUUUUUUUUUUUUUUUUUUCUUUUUUUCGAGCACAUUUUUCUGUUUAACUGUUUAAUUCCUUGUGCUGAUAGGGCCCUCCCUAUGCCCAGCUUUUCCCUUUUCAUCGCUUUUACACUCCUUGUAUGGAUUUCCACGGUAUACCUUAUCUAUUAUUGUUAUAGUUUCCUGCAUGUGCCUAUAUCGUUGAGGGAGGGCAGUUUUGGGCCAGUCAGGUUGCUUCGAACGCAAACGGGAAGAAGGGAAAGGCGAAACACCCAGUAAACUACUACCUUUGUUGAUUUAUAGAGUUGGGUAGGGAAAUUGCGAAUAUAUAUAUAUAUAUAUAUAUAUGAUUUUCAUCCGUAUUUCUACUGAAUAUCCAGCAACUCAACUCGCACCCCCCAAUGUCAAUUUGCUACGGGCUUGUUUGCGGAUGUACGCUGCGUAGGCGCUUAAAUAAGAAUAGGAAAGAUAUUCCCAGCCUGCGCCUGGGGUUAGAUACUCUUUCGUUGGUAUUUUUUUAUUUUUUAUUUCUAUAUCUAUCGCUUCAAUGUGCCCUCUUAAAGCUCUCAUAAACCGUUGACCAUCAUCAUCACUCUAUGACGUAACAGGAAUGUCGACUCG